AUGGAUGUUGACAGUCACGGGCCAAGUGUUCUUCAGGCCAAACCCACCACAACCCUCGAUUGGGACGCCGUUGCAGCUGAGAUAGGAGGCGAACUUACUCCGUCUUCGGCCCAGACAGCAAUUGGCGGUCUGACUGCGACAUUAGCCGACUGGCUCGCAGAGGAACCACAGACACAGCAAGAAAUCCUUGAAACCGAGCGAGACACGGACACGGACGUGAGAGUAGUUGACAACUUAGAAGAUCCGAUGGAUAUCGAUGAACUCGCUUCCGGAACAUCUCGGCCGCGAGGAGUCACUAUCGGAGGAAACCCGGAUUGGUAUCCCUGGCCAGAUCGUGAGACCUGCAUUUUCGACAUCAUGUGUCACCUUCCUCGAUCGUUAUUCUCGGACAAUCAAAUGGAGACCAUCCUCUGGUGUCUCAGUUUGCUCGGAAUCGACAACAAGCCCUCUCUGUCGACACUAAAGAAAGUCGACGAACUGUUACAGGAACACUGUGGGGUAGAGUCGAUUUGCUACAAGGGCCCUCUCGGGCACAUCUACUAUGCAAAUGAUCUGGCCGCGAUCAUAAGUCAGGAACUGGCCAAUCCGCUGAUUCGUAAGCAUCUGCGGUUCUAUCCCGAAGAUGCGGGGACGCAUGCCUCACAGGCUUGGCAUGGCCGCCAAUGGUUGCGCGAGUUGAGUCCUCGAAUUGCCAGCCCCAUGAUCCGGAUCGGUGCACAAGAUUUUUAUACAUACGAGCCCGCCAAACUGGCAGAUGGCCGUGUAAUCAUGCCGAUUAGGUGGUUUACGAAGGGUGGGAUCAGCGGAACCCAAGUUUUCCAUGGAGAGGUGUGGAUGUUGUGUCCCGUCGUAACGGAGUCUGGUCAGCGCAGCUACAUCGUUCAUGAAUACAAAACCAUCUGGUUCACUGCGGCGGAACUUUCUCUUGCGUUCCCGACGAUGAUAGCCACAUUUGCGGCUAGUCGCCUUCCCGACCUGCAGAUUCUAAUUGGUGAGCAUCUCUCACAAGUGACCACGAGGUCAUCCUAG